AUGUGCGAAAUUAACCCUGCUUUCGUUCUUCAUUCUGUCAAGAACGUCUCAUUCGAGAACCGCAAAGUCCCAAUACUUCGCGAUGAAUACGACGUCCGAGUCCACAUCGAGCAGACGGGCAUCUGCGGGAGCGAUGUCCACUACUGGCAGCGAGGCCGGAUCGGUGACUUCAUCCUAGAGUCGCCCAUUGUUCUGGGGCAUGAAAGCUCAGGGACAAUUGUCGAGGUCGGAAGCAAGGUCAAGAAUGUCAAAGUUGGCGACCGUGUAGCGAUAGAGCCAGGUGUUCCGUGUCGGCACUGCGAUUACUGCCGUUCAGGUUCAUACAACCUAUGCGCAGACACAAUCUUCGCGGCAACGCCUCCCUGGGAUGGCACGCUGCAGAAGUACUAUAUUGUUGCCAGUGAUUACACUUACCCGAUUCCUGAGCACAUGUCUUCCGAGGACGGUGCUUUAGUAGAGCCAGUUGCAGUCGCCGUCCAGGUUUGCAAAGUGGCGGAACUGAAGGGUGGCCAAACGGUUCUUGUGUUUGGCUGCGGGCCGAUUGGUGUUUUGUGUCAGGCUGUUGCCAAGGCGUAUGGGGCCACCAAGGUCAUCGGCGUUGACGUGUCCGAGUCUCGCGCUCAGUUUGCGAGGGAGUUUGCUGCCGAUGAUGUGUACGUCUCGAAGAAGCUGCCUGACGCUCCGGAGGACCCCGUUGACGCUGCUCGCGCUAUUGGGGAGAAGAUUGUGCGAGAUUAUGGCCUUGGGGAAGGGGCCGAUGUCGUUCUGGAGUGUACGGGUGCCGAGCAGUGUAUCCAGGCUGGUGUGUUCGCCGCGAAGAAAGGCGGGACAUUUGUUCAAGCUGGCAUGGGAAAAGAGAAUAUCGUAUUUCCCAUCACGACAGCUUGUAUCCGAGCUUUGACCAUCAAGGGGUCGAUCCGAUAUCAAACAGGAUGUUACCCCGAGGCUGUGAAUCUCGUUGCCAGUGGAAAGGUUCUUCCAAGGAAGUUGAUCACGCAUCGCUACAAGUUCGAGGAGGCUCUUGAGGCGUUUGAGGUUGUGAGGCAGGCUAAAGAGAACACUCUCAAAGUAGUCAUAGAAGGUGUACCCAAAUGA